GGGCCCUGUUGGCGGCGGUGCGGAGGAUGCGGGAGGCCGAGGUCGCGGCGGAGCUCGGCGCAGGUAAUGCUUUUGUGAACCACACCUGUAAAUAUUCAGCCAACUGCUUCUGUCCACCAAGAUCUCCUCUGUUCGCCUGUGUUUUUUCAAGAUGAGUCAUUGUAAAUUAACUCCCAAGCUCUCUAGCCGAUCUCCUACCCUUCAUACCAGCUUAAAGAUCCAGUCCAGAGAGCCACCUUUUAAGAAAGAAGACUUACACCUGAUUUCAAAAGACUCCUUGGAAUCUGAUUCAGAAAGCCUCAUGCAAGAGAUUAAGUCCCAGUCUGAACUUGAAGACCGAAUCCUGGACAACUAUAUGGAGGCUGACAGCUUAGAGGGAGGAAGCCCUCUGUGGGGAAGCCUGAGUGAGACAGAGGGGGAAGCCAGCUUCGGAGCAGCCCAGACGGAAGGCAGGGAAAUCCUCCACAGUCAGGACGAUGGUAUGAAAACCAGCCAACAGCCACUAGAAGACAAAUAUUCAGACCUCCGAUAUGACCCAAACUGGAAGAAUAAAAGAAGGGAGGGCAGGUUAUUGGCUCUACACGCAGUACCCGAGUCUGUAGACAGCUGUACAGAAAAUCUGCCUUUGGAACCACUCUAUCCUUCCAAGGAGACGUCGAUGGAACUCCCGGAGGAGAAAGGCAAACAGGAGGGGAGCCCACGGAGCGAAGCCUCUUUACUUGGUAGUGAAUUUUUAAGCCCAAACUAUGAGCGUGGCGCCCACGGCAGCGAGCCGUUUUCCGGGCUGAGCGACAGUGACCUGGAAGCGAAGUCCAGCACCUUCUCUCGGUACUUUAAGAGUUCAAGUUCACAUAAUGAGGUUUUCCUGCCAGGAUCCCGUGGCCCUCGGCGGAGGAAGUCCAGACAACAUUUUGUGGAGAAAAACAAGCUGACUUUGGGAUUACCCACUCCUAAAACAGACUCUUACCUUCGACUUCACAACAAAAAGAGGGGGGAAACUCAACCAGAACAGAUUUCCUACCCCAUCAAAGUAACUGCCAAGACGUCUAUUCAGAAUGCCAGAGAGACUGAGAAGGCUGCUGCCCAUCAUGAAGACAGAUGCCACGAUGGAGCCCAACAGCUAAAGGAUUACCAGGAAUCCUGGUCUCAAUAUGAAACUGCAAAAUCAAGCAGUGUACUACCAAGAGGGCAGUCAUCUGAACCAAGCAAUGGCCAGCAACCUUCCAGAAGACCAGCGAAGCACAAGAUCCAAAAACUGCAUAAACACCAGCCUGGCCUGAAGUCUUUGGUGACUGAAGAGCUGGUGGUCAGCCAAGGAAACCAGAACAGCACUCCCAGACAGCAACAAAAUCAAAAUAAGCCUACUGAUACUUCCGUAAAGCAUGAAACAAUUGUGAUCAUGAAUGCCCCUCGCAAUGACUUGCAGUACUCACGUGCUCUCCGGAGCCAGAAUCCCAAAGUCACCUCCAGUAAAUUCAUUCCACCACCACAGGCUUCUGACAAGGCAUUAUAUAAAAACUCUACUGGUUAUCACUCGGUGAUGAAUGGUAAUACAGAAAGAGGACAUAAAGACCAAGAAGAGAAAAGAUUUUCAUACCAGCAGCCACACAUCAACACUCUUUCCAACAUGGACUUGAACUACGUUAAUGAACUUCCUAAGAGACAGGUGCCCCUGAGCCGGAAGGGCUUGCAUUCUGUGUCCAGCAUCAAUGUCAGUGGAUCGACUGAAAAUAAGAAGCAACCCAAACAGACUUAUUCUGAGACAAAGUAUAAGAAUUUAGAAAUAUUAUGGAAAUUCCAUUCUUCCUCUGACAGCCAACCUGUAGGAGCUUCUCCAGAGUCACAGCUCAUGCAGAUUAUGGAGCAGCACCAGCAAGCCUUACUGCACCUGACUGAGGUGCAGCCCAGUGAAGGGCCCUUACCCGGCGUCACGUUCCCACCUAUAUUGUCCAGGGUAGAAAGUGAAUCCCACCUCAGUCCAGAGAGAAGCCAAAGAAACCAAAUGAAAAUGAGUCGUAGCAAUUCCGAAGGCUAUCUGCUUCAACUGGAAAAAGGAAAAAAGCCUAGGAAAAGCAGCAGCAUUAAGAGUUCCAAGCUGAAAGAUUAUAAGAAAAGAGACGUGAAGCUUGGCGGCCUUGGACCUGACCUCGAGUCCAUCAGACACAAAAUGCAGAAGUUAAUACAGCAGAAGGAAUAUGCAAAGCAAGUGAAGCAGUAUAACAUGAAGGCGCUAUCCACACUGUCAAAGCCACAAACAGCAAAAACUGAAAAUAAACCUGCCGUCCCUCGGCAGAAGGCUUUGGAAUAUGCUAAGACCAUCCCCAAACCCAAACCUUCAAAUCUAACUGGUCAAACAUCAAAAGAAAAGAACACUCCAACCUAUGCUGGAAAAGAAGACACUUUACCUGAAAUCUCCCUGCUGGAAAUACUGCAGAGCAGACACGAAAGGGAAAAACAGGCUGUUGCUGCUUUCAAAGUCCUUCACAUCGUGUAGACAAUAUGUGUGCAGGACACCCAACACACCCGAGGAAUGGACGUGGAGAAAAGAAACUCUAGCCAACCUCUCUGUUUGGAGAGUGCUGACCUGUUUUCAUCAUUCAACUGCAGUCUAUACUCACUUUGUACAGGAUUUAAUAUGGGGCCCUAUUACAUUAUGGUGCCAUAUUUUACUUUUGAGGAAGAAAUCAAUGUUUUAAUUUAUUUGCAAAUCAGUUAGAAUCUGGGCAAAUAAGAACUAGGGAAUAAAGCCUUUUGGUUUUAUAUCAGAUCUUUGGAUUCCUUAAACAAUCACUAUCCAUCCUUAGCAUAAUGAAAACCUUGAAGUUAUCCAGAAAUAAGUUUACCUACUUGUGUUUCUCUCUGACCUUCCUGAUAAGAAAAAGAAAGUACCAACACUUCAAUUUCUACUAAAGUGAAGUCAAAUUGGAGUAAUCACCACUGUAUUUUGAGAUAACAUUUCCAAAAUAUUUCUAAAGUCUCUUUUUAGCAAAGGGUUUAUAUAUACAAGUGGGGAAAAAAAUGAAGGUACAUCUACAUGUACCUACUAUAGUACAACAAAUCCCAAGGUUGUGCUAACAGAGCAUCGAGACAUUAAUUAGAAACCCUCCAACAAGUCCAGAAACACCCAAUUCAGGCAACUCUGAGAGAUACACUUUCUCAAAGCUACUCACUCCAAGUACAUAAAUAUGUUGGGCAUCUUGCAAUCACAAGUAUAUUAAAAUAUUACCAAAUAUGUGCAUUCACACAGAAAGUAAUAUCAGGCAAGACAAAAGCAUUCCAUAUUUUAUUACUGAAUGUCAAUAUUAAUAACUAUUUUAUUUUCUUAUCUUUUGAGACUGAGUGAACAUUGUAAAAUUUCCAGGUCUUAAAAGAAUUACUGAAGGAUUUAAUGUUUUCUUUUUUUUUUUUAUUAAAGUAUCAUUGAUAUACAAUCUUAUGCAGGUUUCACAUGAACAACAUUGUGGUUUCAACAUUCACCCGUAUUAUCAAGUCCUCACCCCCAGCCCCAUUGCAGUCACUGCCGAUCUGCGCAGUAAGAUGCUAGAGAGUUACUACGUCUCUUCUCCAUGCUGUCCUGCUUUCCCCAUGGCCUAUAUACCUAUAUUGUGAUUGCAAAUUAUAAUGCCCCUUAAGGAUUUAAUGUUCUCUUACUUGCUUGUGUUAAAUGGGCAUUGCAUUCUUAGAUAGCCAUAUCCUAAAGUGGACAGUUUUAACAAUAAUGGAAGGCAAAUAUUUUAUCGAUACAUGUGGCAUAAAGACUAGCUUUGGAGAUUUACUCUUAUGUCAUACACAUUUUACAUAUACACAGUGUGGUAUGAAAGCUGCCUAUACGUAACUUUCUCUUAAAGCUGGAGACAAUUAGAAUGGAAAGUCUAGAAAGAUAACAAGAAUCUGAAGAUAAAUAGUAAACUGACAAAUCAUGUUUCAGUGGUAUUUGGAAAAUCAUACAUGAGUUAGUUCAGAAAAAUCACAGUCCAAGCUGUUAAAGUAUAUUUGUAUAAGAUGACGACCCUUCAGGGUACAUGGUGAAGGCUUUUCUAGAAACACAAGAAUGAAUUUUUUUUCCCCCAAAAUGGCCUUAAAUUUAAAUUUACUCUGGAUGAUAAAAUAAUGCAUACAGACAUUUCCGUAUUUUCAUAUUUAAAAGGACAUGGUAAAUUCUUUUAGUAUUCCAUUCCUAUCCAAGUAUUGCAAAAGAAUUUAGAGCUUAGAAUGGGUUUAUCUUGUUCACUGGCCAAGUUUUCAGAAGAAGAAAUGGAGGUCAAGAAAGGUCAAGUGAUUCUGAUGCCCAUCAGUCCUACUGAAAAAGGAAGAGUAGCAGGUCUAACUCCAAUCAGUCAAUAACAAGAAAAGCAGCAUUUGAUUAUUAGUUUGUGGGAAGAGGUAGUUACUUUUCUUUGUGGGCAGGGAUGAUGUAGUUGUUACAAAUUUCAAUUUUGGACCUAAUUUCCGACAUUAAGUCCCAUUUUUAGAAAUAUGCAUUACUGUAUAAUUUAUACGUUAACAUGAACAAUCUGGGAACUUUAUUACUACAUUGAUCAAGUUGUAAGAGACAAAGCAACUCAGAUGCUGACCAAUAAAGGAGAUACUGUUUCAGUUUGGACAUUUGAAAACCUUCCCAUAACCAUUUCUGUGUUAACCUAAACACUGUAAAAAUCCUUCAAUCAUUUUAACUCAUACCGUCAAGAGCCCACACUCGGCUGAAACAGGUUAAAUUCAGUUAUGUCAAACAACAUUUCAUAGGCUCUUUACUCCCAAAGCAAGUCUUUACCAUCCAGUAUAUAUGACUCUAGAACAUCACAAUUCAUUGUAAACAAAUACUGAAAGCGACUAGUGGCAUCUAAAAUGAUCUGGGCUAAAGAAAUACAACAUAUUUGCUGAAAAGCUGGGGUUGAAAUCAAAGAACGGAUCAAACAGGAUUUCAGCUGGUCCCGAGUCCUCUCACAAGGGUAAGACCUGGGGGGGAAAGUCACUCAGCUACCAAAAUACUAAGACCAGAUAGACAUUCUACAGAAAACAGUAAAUGACAAGAACAUUUUUGCCCCUCCUUUAAGGUAAAUACUACGAGAGGCAGCAAUAUCGGUCUUUUAUAGACCCAAGUGGAUUAGUGACCAAUUUUUAUGGUAUUUCUGUUUUAGAUAUUUAAGUAAAAACCAUCUGUCUUUAGAAAGCAAGGAACUUUACACCUGAAUGAUAUAAUAAUGGAAGGUCUGUAUUUGACCAGAUGUUAUAUAUGCCACUGAAAGAUGUAGUGCCAAAUCUGGUUAAUCUCAAUGAACUGGUGUAAAGGACUUUUAAACCAUGCAUUCCCUCUUAUUAGAGUCUCUUAUAGUGUUUUUCAUUCUUGAGUUUCCAACAGGAGUAUCCUCUUAGAGGGAGCUUUCUUUUUGUUAUUGUUUUGUUUUGUUUUUCUUUUUAUAAGCAGCUGAAUUUAAUGACAGCUGUCUUUGUGGUAUUGUUUCGUGUAGUAAGGAGUCUCUUGGGAGUUAUCUAAAAUCCAACUCAAGGGAAGACAGUACUGAGGCACAGGAUAAAUGGUAAGCUCAGCAAAGGCACCAAGGUCUAACAGUUCCAAUCAGGGCCUUAUUAUUGGUUAAUGAAUCAUUGUCAAAACAUCACAGCAAGGAGGAGCGUGCACAGUUUAGCCUAUAGUGAGAAACGGCACUUCAUCCCAACAGUUAUUAGCUGGGAGUUUUCUGAAAACACAUCCAGUAAUUAUAACAACACUGGAGCUAAUUGAGAACUUUGAGUUGAUAGCAAAUGGUCUACAACAGCAGCCUAGGUAAACUCAGGGGGAUUCUUUUUUAAUUACUUAUUCAAAAAUAGCAGGAAAUGAGUUGAAUUUGGGUGACAGUCUGCACAUAUCAGGGCAAGUUUAGCUAAUUCUCUCCAAGAUGUUCUCUAAAACACGUAUUACCAUUAUACCAGAAGCAGUAUUUGAAAUAUAAAGUUCUUAAGGGAAGAUCAAGGCUGCUCUCCUACAUAUGCCCUUUUUAAGAGUACCUUUUCCUAGUAAAGAAUAAAUCUUGAAUAAUACAUAUUUCGUCCAAACCUCAAGUAUUCACAGGGUGACCACAGGACUUCUCCUUCCUAUGCUAAGUGUGUUUUCCUAAGUUCUAUUCCUAGCGGGUUAAAACAGAAAAACAGAAAGAUACACAAAUGCUCCAUUUGCCUCUUCAGUUGUUUUCCCAUUGAGGGAAGGAUUUAAAA